AUGAGAACAAUUCUGGGGAUGCGAGUGUCCACUACCACCGCUACGCUGGCGGCUACGACCACUUUGUGCUCUACCACACCGUCGGGCUGCCCCCGUCCCUUCCUCUUGCCCGUACACCCUCAAUCCCUCCCUGCUUCCCUCCCUGCUUCCCUCCCUGCUUCCCUCCCUGCUUCCCUCCCUGCUUCCCUCCCUGCUUCCCUCCCUGCUUCCCUCCCUGCUUCCCUCCUUGCUUCCCUCCCUGCUUCCCUCCCUGCUUCCCUCCCUGCUUCCCUCCCUGCUUCCCUCCCUGCUUCCCUCCCUGCUUCCCUCCCUGCUUCCCUCCCUGCUUCCCUCCCUGCUUCCCUCCCUGCUUCCCUCCCUGCUUCCCUCCCUGCUUCCCUCCCUGCUUCCCUCCCUGCUUCCCUCCCUGCUUCCCUCCCUGCUUCCCUCCCUGCUUCCCUCCCUGCUUCCCUCCCUGCUUCCCUCCCUGCUUCCCUCCCUGCUUCCCUCCCUGCUUCCCUCCCUGCUUCCCUCCCUGCUUCCCUCCCUGCUUCCCUCCCUGCUUCCCUCCCUGCUUCCCUCCCUGCUUCCCUCCCUGCUUCCCUCCCUGCUUCCCUCCCUGCUUCCCUCCCUGCUUCCCUCCCUGCUUCCCUCCCUGCUUCCCUCCCUGCUUCCCUCCCUGCUUCCCUCCCUGCUUCCCUCCCUGCUUCCCUCCCUGCUUCCCUCCCUGCUUCCCUCCCUGCUUCCCUCCCUGCUUCCCUCCCUGCUUCCCUCCCUGCUUCCCUCCCUGCUUCCCUCCCUGCUUCCCUCCCUGCUUCCCUCCCUGCUUCCCUCCCUGCUUCCCUCCCUGCUUCCCUCCCUGCUUCCCUCCCUGCUUCCCUCCCUGCUUCCCUCCCUGCUUCCCUCCCUGCUUCCCUCCCUGCUUCCCUCCCUGCUUCCCUCCCUGCUUCCCUCCCUGCUUCCCUCCCUGCUUCCCUCCCUGCUUCCCUCCCUGCUUCCCUCCCUGCUUCCCUCCCUGCUUCCCUCCCUGCUUCCCUCCCUGCUUCCCUCCCUGCUUCCCUCCCUGCUUCCCUCCCUGCUUCCCUCCCUGCUUCCCUCCCUGCUUCCCUCCCUGCUUCCCUCCCUGCUUCCCUCCCUGCUUCCCUCCCUGCUUCCCUCCCUGCUUCCCUCCCUGCUUCCCUCCCUGCUUCCCUCCCUGCUUCCCUCCCUGCUUCCCUCCCUGCUUCCCUCCCUGCUUCCCUCCCUGCUUCCCUCCCUGCUUCCCUCCCUGCUUCCCUCCCUGCUUCCCUCCCUGCUUCCCUCCCUGCUUCCCUCCCUGCUUCCCUCCCUGCUUCCCUCCCUGCUUCCCUCCCUGCUUCCUUCCCUGCUUCCCCUCCCUCCUGCCCUACCCUCCCCCCAAACCAGAGCCUCAAGGCAGCAGAGAGCCCUCUCCCCUGGCGCAUUGCUUUUUGCAGCUCCACAUUAUACGCACAAGUGGAGGAGCGCAGCGUGCAGCAGUGUUAG